UAGACUCGUUUUCAAUUGUACCACCUUCCUGGACUCUGCUGAGUCUCGUGUAGUGGGAUAUGUAGUCAGACGUACAGUGUUGUCACAAGAAAUUAUAAUUAAAAUUAUAAAAUUGAAAUUAUAAAGCGUUAAAUUAUGUCGAGGUUACUCUCAUUUACACGAUGUGUGUUUUGCUGUGCUAGCAAGCAGCGAUCCAACAUGGCGUUUAUAUAUAAAAUAAUGUUAAUUUAUUACAUUUGUGUAGCUGUGAACUCCUCAAGGCUGAAUUGUAGUCAAAACAUAAUAAAACGCGUUUCUGUACAAAACGUUGCCUAAAAUUAGUUAUUUUUAAUAUUAUUAGUUGAUCAAUUAUCAUGAUAAGCUUUACACUUUAAAUAAGAUAUUAAUUGGAUUUCCUUGGACACCAUUAAUUUCAAAGCACUUACUUUCACAAUCAAAUGUUUAACUAUAUUAAAUUCACAAACAUGGCUCCUAUAUGAUAUAAGUUUAAUGAUAAUAACCCAGCUGAUCUUUGACUUUCUGUCGUGAUUUUUAGAGGGGUGUAUAUGUAUAGAGGAAGAGAGAGAUAUGGAGGAUGAGCUUCAGUCUGAGGAGAGAGAGGACACAGACUUACAGACAGAAGAACAACUGGAACCUGAGAAAAACUCAGAAACUGAGACUAAGGAGCAUCCAUCAAUCAUCCCAACCCCACAAACUGCAGUAACCAGUCAGAAACCCUCUACCAUUCCUGUGCAAGCUGAAAACUUUCUUAUUCUCGACCAAAAUGGACAGUCUUUAUGCUACGAGAGGCUGGUGAUUAUGACAGGACAGACUGGACAGUUAUAUGGUGUCCAACCUCUCCCUCAAGGAGGGGCUCAGAUGUUACUACCUCAUGGUCAGGUGCUGGAUAUAGCACAGUCAUCAGGUGUGUUUGUGGAGAAAACAAAACCCCAGGCAAUUAUUACUUCCAAAAAUAACAAUGAUGACACUGAUAGUUCAGUUGCAGACACAGCUCAAAGUGUCAUCGGUACUAAGAUUCAAAGUAAAGAUUCUCCUGAUGUAUUUGUGACCCCACUGAAGCCACUACCAGCAGGGGCACCGAACUGGGCCCUGAGACUGCGUGAGUGUGAGAAGAUCGGAGACUCGUACCGCGGUUACUGUAAUACAGAGGCAGAGAUGGAGGCAAUUCUACAGCUGCACAAACAGCAAACUCACACCGUGUUUGGUACCCGUCAGUCACCCUCACCUGCAAAACCUGCCACUCGACUCAUGUGGAAGUCACAGUAUGUGCCCUAUGAUGGCAUUCCUUUUGUUAAUGCAGGCAGCAGAGCCAUUGUGAUGGAAUGUCAGUUUGGUCCGCGGAGAAAAGGUGCGCAGCCUAAAAAAGGACCUGAGCAGGAAACCAAUCAAUACAAAGCAACCUGCCCUGCAAGGAUAUAUAUUAAGAAAGUACGAAAAUUCCCUGAGCACAAGGUUCCGACAGAUCCCAAAGUGGACAGGAAAGUUGUAAGGCAGGAACAGGAGAAAGCCUUUUUCAAUCUCAGAAAGAGCUUAUGGGAUGCUGGAGGGGUAGUGAGAUAUUACAUCCAGCUCCCUACAGAGAAAGCUCAUCUCUACCAUAAUAUGGACUCGGCAAACCUGCCCCCACUUCCAGAACAGAUCUACUUUGAGGAGGAACAUCAGAUAGAAGCAGAAGACACAGAGGUGGUGGGAAUCGAUGCCAUGCAGGACGUCCAGUUAGAGGAUGGGACAUUUGUCCCCUCUCGACUGCACCCACUGGUGGCAGAGAAGAUCUGUAAUCUGGUGGCACAAGGGCAUAACCAGGUGUACUCUGUCCGCAAGCAGCUCAGGUAUGACUCGGAUCAAGUGUGCGAAUGGUUAAUAACCUGCAAUGUACAAUGUUAUUCAAUUUUGUUACUUGCACAUAGGAGGUUUGUGGAGCGUGAGAUGUUUAAGCCAGAUGAGGUGCCUGAGAGACACAACCUGUGUUAUUUUCCUACUGUCAAUGACAUCAAGAACCACAUCCACGAGGCUCAGAAAGCUCUUCAUCUGACACCAGAGGCUACCUCAGAUACAGAGUGGAAAGCAGAUGCUGAUAACCUGAUACCAGACACUGUGACCUUGACAUUGACUCCCGCUACUGUGGAGGUAUCUUCUCAGAAGGGGGCGCUCUUGGAAGGGAUUGACACACAUUCUCCAGAGGCUGUGCAGCUCUUUAGCUCUCUGACCUCACUGCAGCCCAAGUUCUUCACGCAGCUACAACCUGCCCUUAGUCCAGCAGAAGCUACUGCUAAACAACCACCAGCAACACUAGAACCUCUCGAUCCAAGCAGUCCUCUCCUGUUGAGUCCAUCCCAGUUCCUCCAGUCGAGUCCAUCUCCCGGAGAAAGCACAGCUCUGUGUGACGCUCCAGCUGUGCUCAACACAAAUCAGCUGGUGAAUGUGACCUCAGUAACUAACACGGGAACAGACGGUGACAUCACACAGAUGCUGCUGAAGGAUGGAAAGACUAUUCCAGUCCAGAUAGUGGAUGUAGCCAGUAUAGACAACAUACAGAUGAAGGUGGAUAUUGAGAAGUCUUUGGAUGCCUCAGCAGGGUCAUGACAAUAGAGCUUUACAACAAUAAGAGGAGGACAGAAAUGAAUCUCUACUUCUCUUUCAGAGUGUCUGUGACUGUAAACGGCUCUUCACUGUGAACAAUGUAAAAAAAAAUUACAACUGGAGGACUGAUUCGUUGAAUCAUUUACAGUAUUGUGUGAGCAUAGCCUCAUGUGCAAUGUUUUUUAUUU